AUAUCUGUAAUAUUUACCUCAUAGUGCUUAUUGUCCGCCAUAGCGCGGUUUGCAAAAUAUCACCACACGGUGGCGCUGUGAAAUUGUAAUGGCUGCCUCCUUGAUGCGUCGGCUUCGGGUUGUUGGAGUAAACAAAUGGAUGAAUGCUUUUCAGAACCGAUCAAUACACCUGUCAGUGCGAGCUUUGGGGGCAUUUGAUGAUGAUUUUGAGAAAGCGAAAAAUCGACUGAAUACUCUGAAGGAGGAGCCAGGAAAUGAUGUUAAAUUGAGAAUAUACGCUUUGUUCAAACAAGCAACAAAUGGAAAAUGCAACACACAAAAACCAGGCAUGAUGGACUUUGUUGGGAAAGCAAAAUGGGAUGCCUGGAACAGUUUAGGCGACAUUACUCAGGACGCAGCCAAGCAAAAGUAUAUUGAACUUGUUGAUGAAUUAGCUGGCAAAGAAAAACCAGAAACUCCUGCUGAAAGUACGACAGCCACCGGCAGUAAAUUUACCACGCUAGACGUAACUAAUGAUGGAGGAGUCUAUACUAUCAAGCUCAACAGACCUAACAAGAAGAAUGCUAUCAAUUUUGAGAUGUAUGAUGAGUGGGUACUGGCUUUAAAGGAGGCAGCUGAUGACAAGAAUGUGGUGCUAGCAGUAGUUACAGGUACAGGGGAUUUCUACUGCAGUGGAAAUGAUCUUGGAAAUUUUAUGGAUAUCCCCCCUGAUGGCGUGAAAGCCAUGGCUGAAGAAGGUGGAAUAAUAUUAGAGAGGUUUGUUUCUGCUUUUAUUGAUUUUCCUAAACCCCUGAUUGGUGUCAUUAAUGGACCAGCUUUGGGGGUGUCAGUUACUGUGCUGGGGCUCUUUGAUGCUGUGUAUGCCACAGACAAGGCUACAUUUCACACCCCAUUCUCCAAUCUGGGCCAGUCUCCAGAAGGAUGCAGUUCUUACACAUUUCCCAGAUUGAUGGGAGCAGCAAAAGCUAGUGAACUGCUGUUGUUUAACAAGAAAAUCACAGCUCAGGAGGCAUUUGACAGAAACCUUGUUACUGAAGUCUUCCCAGAUCACGACUUUCAGAGGUCUGUCCAAACUCGUAUUCAGCAGUAUGCCAAACUUCCCAAAAUGAGUUUGCAGAAGUCAAAGUUCUUGUCUAGAGAAGCGGAGCGGGAGAUUCUGCAUCAGGUGAACAAAAGAGAAUGUGAGGUCCUAGUAGAGCGCUGGCAGUCGGAAGAAUGCUUCAAAGCCAUCAUGAACUUUUUCUCCAAAUCAAGCUCGAAAUUGUAGACUUGUCUUCACCCUAAAAUACCUCUGUUGAUACUGUGUGUGAUAGAAUAGUCAAGAUUUCUGUGAUAAUCUUGUACAAGAGAUUAAACUCUAUCAAGGUGGUAGACAUAUCAAAUAUAAAGUAUUAUACCAUUUGUAUAUUAAAGGUCGAGAGACUUUCAGUGAAGAUGGAACAAGGUACAAUUGAAUACAUUUAGUCUUGUGACAUAUGUGUGAGGAUGAUGAUUUGUUUUUGGGUGUUUUUUUUUUUGCAAAAGUUAAAAAAAAAUGAAAACACACAUUGAUUAACUUAAACUUAUAGAAAACUUAGAUAUGAAACCAUAUCAUAUGAAUAUGUAUUGCAGUAAAACUGAAUUUUAUCAUGUUAUAAACAUGAAACUAGCUUUGUGUGUGUGUUUGUUGUUACCAAAGAAAUGUUUAUUUAAACAUUUAUCUGAAAAUAUGAUGUUUAACAGGUAAAGCCAA